CUGUCAUCGCAGGGACGGUCGACCUCCUCGCUGGACUAUGAUAUUAUCAAACGUUUUCCUCUUAUUUAUAAUUUGUGUGAAUGUGAAGUACCGAUAAAAGUCAUUGGCGAUAUCCAUGCUCAAUAUCAGGACAUGAAUCGUUUAUUUGACCUUAUCGGUCGCGUUCCUCAGGAAAGAUUUUUAUUUCUUGGAGAUUAUGUAGAUCGUGGUCCGCAAGGUGUCGAGGUGGUCAUCCUUUUGUUUUCCCUGAAACUUCGCUAUCGAGAUCGGAUUUAUCUACUACGAGGCAACCAUGAAACUCCGGCUGUCAAUAAAAUUUACGGGUUCUACAACGAAUGUGUUAUGAAGUACGGCGCUGGUAUUUGGUGGGAUUUCCAAGCAUGCUUCAACCGAAUACCUCUGGCUGGACUCAUUUCGAAAAAGGUCCUAUGUAUGCAUGGUGGCCUUUCGCCGGAACUCAGUCAUCUUGAUGUAAUCCGAAAUAUUCCACGUCCAUGCGAGCCACUCGAUCGUGGCUUACUCAUCGACCUCACCUGGGCUGAUCCCACGAAUAAAGGAGAUGGAUGGUUUCACUCGAUCAGAGGAAUCAGCUAUAUGUUCGGGAAAGGAGUAGUGCAACAGGCCUGCCAAAUGCUCGGCAUCGAACUAAUCAUCCGAGCUCAUCAGGUCGUUCAAGAUGGCUACGAAAUGAUGGCUGGACGACGGUUAAUUACCGUGUUUUCAGCUCCAAAUUAUUGCGGACAGUUUACAAAUGCAGCAGCGAUCGUAUGCUUAGACGAGGAUCUAGAGAUCUCAUUUCAACAGCUUAAGAUGCAAAUUCCGGCAAAUUUGGCACCAAAGGCUAGGCCUUGCCCAAUAAUUGCUAGUGAUCCUAAUGCAGCCGCUGCGAAAGCAGACAAGGAAACCAUCAAGCCGUUCACAGUGAGUUGA